AUCUAUAUACGAGCUUGCGAACGUGCCGAGCUUUGAGUGAUUGUAUAUCAUAGUCAAACUAUAAUAACGUGUAAAAUGGAUAUUAUCGUACAGUGAUUCGUGUAUCGGUACAUCGUAACGUAAAAAAAUAAUAAAAAAUAUUUUGGUUCAGUGUUCAGCAGCAGCUGCAGCUCCGGUGCAAGUGGAUUACAAAUCCAGUGACAAAUUUUUACGUAGGCUGCUUUAGCCAAAAGGACAUCCACAAGGAGGAAAAGCUUCGCUCGCUGACUGCAACACCGGUGGGUACUGCUUCCAGUUUCUCUCGCGUCACGCCACCAAAAACAUCGAAUUGAAAAUCCAAAGUAUCAUAUCUUAUUAGAAUAUACAAAAGAAAAAAGAGUUGGCGUACGGCUGUGUGCGAACUAUACCGGAACUGACACCAACGACGCACACGAUGUCGCCGACUAGAAGAAGAAAUCUCGUCGAUCUGAGGUUGUUGAUCCUGCUUCUGGCUGUGCUGAACUCCAUCGCCGGCGAGACUGUUCAUUACAAGCAUAUAAAACGUCAUCGUUAUCUGACGGUUCGCCGCCACGAGGUCAGCACGACACCGGAAGUAUCGGACCCAACGAGCGUCGAAAACGUGUCGCCGGUCUCGCCAGCGCCCCCGGACUCUAAUGACUCCACCAAUUACGAUUCGAAUCCAUGCGAGGGCAAGUACUGCGGGGCUGGACGCGAGUGUCAGCUAUCGGAGGACGGCACUCUGGCGAUAUGCGUCUGUGCGAAGCGCUGCGCCCGCCGCCACAGGCCCGUGUGCGCGAGCGACGGCAAGGUCUACGCGAAUCACUGCGAGCUGCAUCGUGCCGCCUGCCAUCUUGAUGCGCCGCUGACCGCCAGUCGCCUGAUGAGAUGCCUGCAUCGAGACGACCAUCAAGAAACUCCUAAAGCUCUACCUCUGCACAAUGCAGUGACCGCGUCGAGCGCGACGUCAGCGUCGGCAGCGGCAUCGUCCAUCAGCAGCAGCGGCGGAGGUGAAGAGGAACGAGACAGUCAAGUCAAGUACGACAGCAAAGAGAACUUGGUGGAAGACGGCUACGACGUGGACGACUGCUCGGCUCAAGAGUACGAGAUCAUGAAGGACAAUCUGCUGCUGUACAAUCACGCCAGACUGAUGGCGCAGGACAACCACAGCAAGGAGUACCUGGUGAGCAUCAUGUUCUCGCACUACGACCAGAACAGCAACGGCGACCUGGAGCGCGACGAGCUGGAGCGCGUCGCCGAGCGCGAGGACCUCGAGCAGCUCAGUCGCGGCUGCUCGCUCGCCCACAUGAUCAGCUACGACGACGCGGAUCGCGACGGCCGACUGAACAUCAACGAGUUCUACAUGGCUUUCAGCAAGCUAUACACAGGUGUCUCGGUGGUCUCGCUGGACAAGAACCUGGAGAUCAAUCACAUACCGGCGCGCGUCGGCGACAACGUCGAGAUAAAAUGCGACGUAACGGGCACACCGCUGCCGCCGCUGGUCUGGCGGCGCUACAACGCCGAUCUCGAGAGCCUGUCCGAGCCCGAGAUACGAAUUUUCAACGACGGCAGUCUCUAUCUGACGCGGGUCCAGCUCGUGCACGCCGGCAACUACUCGUGUCACGCGCUCAGCAACAAGGACGUCGUGCAGACCCACGUACUCACCGUGCACACCAUCCCCGAGGUACGAGUCACGCCGCGUCUACAGUCGAAGCGUCCGGGCGAGGAGGCCUCGAUGCGCUGCCACGUGGUGGGCGAGCCCCUGCCCCGAGUCGAGUGGCUGAAGAACGACGAGCCGCUGCAGCAGCGCAGCGAGGGCCGCAAGUACGAGGUGGUCGGCAACGGCACGCGCCUCGUCAUACGCGGCAUCGGCUACGCCGACACGGGCGCCUACAUGUGCCAGGCCAGCAGCGUCGGCGGCGUCACUCGGGACAUCAGCAGUCUCGUGGUCCAGGAGCAGCCGACGCCCACCGCCCCGAGCGAGGAGCGACGUUUUUUCGCCUUUCACGAGUGGGGCAUAUCGGUUUACGAGCCGUCAGCUUGCCGAUUGUAUCAUCAAAUUAAGUCGACUGACAUUAUACCUGGAACGCAGGAAUACGUGUGUGCUGAAAAAGGAGUGCCUUGUUCUUGGGGUCGAGCGAUCAACGUAGCCAAUCGUUACGUCUACGUGUCGCAGCCUGAAAAAGAUCGUAUUCUCAUUAUUAGCAAAAUUCAAAUGGUCGUUGUCGACGUCGUCACGACGGACAAAUACCCGGUGGAGUUGCAGUACGUGCCGGACUUGGAUCAAGUUUGGGUGCUGAAUUGGCGCAGCGAGACCGACAUGGGCGUCAAGACAAUACAAGUGAUCAGGGACGCGGCGCAGAAGAAGAAGCACAGAACCGUGCAUCCCGAGCCCAUCGACGGACAGUUCGAUCUUGUGCGCGGACUCUACAUUCCCGACCCGCAGGAUAUCGGACACGCUUUCAAGUACGGAUACGUGACGCACACGAACCAGCGGGGCAUGUACAAGCUCGAUCUGGCCAAUAUGAGAUACACUCGCAGCGCUGAUCUUGCGCCCUACAACUGCGUUCCGGUCCACAUACAGUUUCCAGCAUUGUAUGGCUUUGUGAUACUGCAAUGCGAGGAGCCGAUAACGGGCCGACCGACGGGUCAGCUGUUACUCGACUACGUGACCGAUACCGUGCUGGGGCAUAAACCCGAGCUACUGGGUCGACCGACCGUGUCGCCGGACUCGAGGCAUCUCGUGACGAUCGAUCGACGCGACAACAGCGUCGUUCUCAUCGUCGAGGAGAUAUUGCCAACUGGUUUGAACUUUGCGUUCGACGUGAAAACGACGCUGAACAUCAGCGACAUCACCUUCUACCCGUCGCAGACUACGCACGGCUACGAUCUGUACGCUUCGUCGAUGGACAAUAAAGAGGAUAUACUAUUUCUUAAUUUAGCCUCGGGCAAAGUGGAGAUGAUCACGGGCGUGGGCAAAGCCAUGCCGGUCAUGUACGCCAAAUGGGGCAAACCGAACAGGCCAAUCGUGCAGAGCGGUGUUUUCGGCCGAUACAUGGUCAGUCCGUCGAACGAGGCUCUCUUCGUGCUCAACGGCGAAACGCGCACGGUCAACUGUGAAAUUGGCGGCCUGGUACAUCCUAGCAUCGUCGUUUGGUUCACGCUGCCGACGCAUUAGGCACCCACUCCAUAAAGCUUGUUAAUCCGCGAGAAAUGCACUUUUACUUUGAUUUUGACAUCACGUAUCUUAAAAGAAUCGACGAGAGAUUUUAUUUUCUAAAUGCGAAUGACUUUAAAAAAAACAACAUGAUUGGAACAAAUGUCACUCCUUGAUUUUUUUUUUUUUUUUUUUGAACGUAGGAAUUUUCAUGUAUAAUUUCAUGAAGUGCAAUACUUUCGAUAAUAAUUAUCUGUAACAAUACAAACCUAAUAUUUUUUACGAAGUUGUGUCUGCAAACCAAAAGAACUUGGUUCUCGUGGCGAGGAAUCGCGCAUAGCUGUCGACUACAUCGAUCAACUUUAGACGAAAAAUCGUGAUUUGAUUUUUCCAAAAAAUUUUAACGCCAAAAAAGCCAACAUAUUUCCUAAUCACUAUAAUGAAACGUGUACCAUACUCAAUAACCAAAAGAAAAAAGAAACAAUUACCUUGAAUGGACGUAUUGUGUAAAGUGGUCGCGAGGCCAAUAUGACUGUAUCGCUGUUUUCGUAUCGCAACUAAUUAAUGUGCAUAAAACCCGUCGUCGGACACGCAUGUUCUGUAUCCACACACUCACACGCCAUACACAAUAAUUAGGGAUAAAACUACUUAGCAUUAUUACGAGUAUAAUAUAUUUAUAAUUGUAGAUUAUAUUAUAAAAAAGUUAUGUGACGAUAUAGCAUUUCCUAUUUGACUAAAGAAAUUGUAUCGUUUAGUUUCUCGGUAUAUUCCUUCGUCUGUCUCUGCAUAAUACUUCUUAUGAGUCUUGACUUUCAGAUAAAUGAAUAUUAUAAUGUAAGAUAUAGGGUAUAUUUUUCAA